CGAGGACCUAGAAGGCGGAAGUGGUCUCAUCUUCGAUAAUCCAGAGAACGAGAAGACACGUCAAAAGCUUGUUUAUAAACGCUGAAGUACAACUGUAGCAUCAUUAAAGGCGCUGGGAUGAAUUCAGUUGCUCACAUUUGGCUUUUCUUCAUCAUUGCUGCGGCUGGAGCGGAGAAGAAGAAAGACGGCGACGAUGAAUGGGUUCAUCUUCCGGACAAUUGUGAAGUGUGCAAGUUUGUCAGCAUCGAGAUGAAGUCAGCGUUUGAAGAAACUGGAAAGACUAAAGAAGUCAUCGACAGAAACUAUCGAUUCAUCGACAGCAAGGGUGCGCCGCCAAUCAAAUACGUCAAGUCUGACCUGCGCUUCAUAGAGGUCGUGGAAAACGUGUGUCAGCGGCUGUUGGAGUACAACCUGCACAAAGAGAGAAGCGGCAGCAACCGAUUCGCCAAAGGCAUGUCAGAGACCUUCUCAACCCUCCACGGUCUAGUCAAUAAAGGUGUAAAUGUGGUGAUGGACAUUCCAUAUGAGUUGUGGAACGAAACGUCAGCAGAGGUGGCUGACCUCAAGAAGAGGUGUGACGUGCUGGUGGAGCAGUACGAGGACGUGAUUGAAGACUGGUAUAAAGGCAGCCAGGAAGAAGACCUGACCACAUACUUGUGUGAAAAGCAUGUGCUCAAAGGAAAGGAUGCAGCCUGCCUGCAGGAGGCAUGGAAACCCAAGAAGAAGGGAGACAUGGCAGUAGACAAGAAAAAGAAGAAGAAGCAGAACCAGGCAGGUGACAGGGGAUCAGACAGCCAGAAGAAGAAGAAGAAAAAGAAGAAGAGGAGCAAAGCCCCUGUAAAAAGGACGGAGGAAGGGGGGAUGUCAGAAGAGGACGUUCAGCCUCAGGUGUCUCUGUCUGGAGUGAAGACUGAGCUGUGAGGGGAAAUAUGAAUGAACUUUCUGAGGAAUCCACAGAACUGCAGGAACCGUGUGUGUGUGUGUGUCUGUGUGUGUGUGUUUAUAAGAAUUUUUGUUGCUUUGUUUGAAUAUUUGUGUGAUAUUAUGCUGUCUGACAAUAAAAUGUUUUAAACACA